GUCGCGGGGUAGGCUCGCUGGCCGGUGGGGAAGGCCAGCACCAUGAUGCCAUCGGGCCGAAUCCUGCCACCGCUGCUGCUGCUGCUGCUGCUGCCACUCGGCCCCGCCGCGCCGUGCUCCCCCCAACCCAAUGCCACCCAUUUCAUCUGCACGGAGCCCACCCUGAGCACCUUCCCCUCCGGGCUGCCCACCACCACCCUGGCCAUCUCGGUGGAGUUCACGGCACUGGCCGCCCUCCUCCCCACCGCCCUGGCCGGGCUGCCCCAGCUGCAGGAGCUCCAUCUCUCCUCCAACCGCCUUACAACCCUCCCCGAAGCCCUCCUGCGCCCCGUGCCCACCCUGCGCGUCCUCGACCUGACGGACAACCUCCUGGCCGACCUCCCCGCUGGCAUCUUCACCGGCACCGGCCACCUCCAGCACUUGGUGCUGCAGGGGAACCUGCUGCAGGCGCUGCAGCCCGCCUGGUUCCAGCACCUUCCCCAGCUGCACUGGCUCAACCUGGCUGCCAACGCGUUGGCGGAGGUGCCGCCCGCCGGGAGCUGCCCAGCCGUUUUCCACGCGCUGCAUUCCCUGCGUAGCCUGGAUCUGUCCCGCAACCGCCUGGCAUCGCUGGCGCCGGGCGCGCUGGCCGGGCUGCGGGCGCUGCAGGGGCUGGGCCUGGAGGGGAACCGGCUGGGCACGCUGCCGCCCACCACCUUCGUGCCCGUGCCUGCCCUGCGCUUCCUCUUCCUCCAGGGUAACGAGCUGCGGGCACUGCCCGCCGGCAUCUUCGUCCCCCUGCGUCAUCUCCGCGUCCUCGACCUGGCACAUAACCGGCUGCGGGCACUGGAGCUGCCCCUCCGGUCCCCCGGCCCCGCGUUGGACCUCGACAUCUCGGGCAACCCCUGGGUCUGCGAGCGCCCGCUGCUGGCGCUGCUGCGGCGUGCGGCCCCACGGCUCACCACCACCCACGACACCCUCUGCGCCAGCCCCAUGCGCUACCGGGGACAGGAGGUGGCUGCCGUGAGCCAGGCUGGGGACACGGGCUGUGAGACCAAGGGGGACGGCCAGCGCCUGCCGGACCCCUAGGCAAGUGGCUUGGUGUCACCUCAGGUACCUGGGCAUGUCACCUCCCUCCCUGCCACUCUGUCCCCAGCUGAGACGAGCUCUCCUGGGGAAACUGAGGCAGGGAGAGCAGGGCUGCAGCUGUCCCCAGCCCAAAGGCCCCUGUCCCCAUCCCGUGAUGCCCAUCCCAGUGGCCCCCAGCCCCAUCCCCCCGGCUCAGGCUGUCCCACCUCCCUGUCCCCAUCCUGCCUGACACAUGUCCCUGUCCCCAUCCCACAAAGGCACAUUAAACGGUGUCACUUGGAGCCUUCA